CACGACACGAGGGAUUGCUACAUAUUGUUCAUGGGGAUAAAAGUCCAAAAUAUUGAUCAUUAUUUCAUGUAUCCAAUGUAAAACAUAAUAAUCAGUUAAAACGUUCGUUUAUUCUAAUUAAUAGUGACGUUUACAAAUGUAAUGGAUACUUUUUAAGAGCUUUUUAUUUCAUUGUUGGAUUUUUUUAAUUACAAUAUUUAGCGACAUUCUGCAAUAGAUCUGAACUUGUAUAUUAGAUAACUAUGAAGAUUUUAACCAGUAUUUUGGUAUUAUUUUGCCUACCCGAUGUUUCCGAACAAAUGUACUGUACCUCUUACAACGGGACUAAUACAGGUCCUUCAUUACCCGACCUUCCCGACCAAUAUUCCACGACGAUCGAGGCAACAUUGCUGGAAGCCAACAAGACAUUAACGGGGUAUGAAUAUUUCGACAACCCUGGAAACCGAGCUUCACUAAAAAUAGAAACCGCGGGUUCACUUCAUACUAUAGUAUUUAACUACGCAAGUGAUGAGUUGUUUAAUAUCGUCAGUGGAAUAUGUACAACACACAAUCUUAGUCAGGACGACAACAACAUACUGUUUGGAAAUGUGACAGGACCGAAAGGUGGUUUUCAUACAUUCACUGUGAACGGUGCUCUUCAUUUUUCCAAAGCAGCAGGAGAGAAAUAUAUUGGCCGCCAUGUUGUUCGGGGUAUACAAUGUGACGCCUGGCGAAGUUGUUUGUAUUGGCCGGACCUGAAAGCCAACUUUACUCUAGACUACUAUUUCACCGCAAAGAACUGGAGUGAUCCUGUGGGCUAUCCGCAGAUACCUGUUCGGGCACUGGCUACUGGUGUUUUUGUGAACAAAUUAGGAUUAUUGAAAAACUUCACACACUAUUAUGAUUAUAUCGACUUUAGAACAUCAAUAUCAGACCCAACCGUGUUUGAGACACCUAAAGGGAUUAUUUGUAAGCGGAAAAAGACAAGACCUGUCCCACAGCUUAUGAACUAUUACCAUUACCGACAAGAAAUCAUCCAAGGGGGAAAUAAUAAAAUAUUCUUGGCAGAUGUUUGGUAUGACAAGGAAUAUCGAUACAUUCGCUACGAUUAUCGAACGGCAACUGAGGUGGCGCCACUGUUUACAGCCAGUCCUAUCACAGAAAUACACGAUUAUCGUUAUGGUAUUCGUUACACGAAGGAUCAGGUAUCGGGGCGGUGCGUGUCGUCUUCAAUAGAUAAAACUUCUUUUGAUGUGGCACAAAAUACAACUAUAUAUAACCAGAAUGGCUCUUACGUUAUACACAUGAAAGAUCCUAUGCAACUUUUUUACCUGGAUGACAGUUACGAGUACACCGGACAGAGAAUGGCACGUGGUCUUCAGUGCGAUGUAUUUACGUCAUACCGGACUGAUUAUCCAGUUCCGGGUGUUGGCAAAGUUGGUGCCGUCUUUGAGUACUAUUUCCUGUCUAAAGGUUUUCAAGAAGAACCAGAUGACGGAAGUUCGACCCCAGGUGAUGUCCCUGUUUACCUUGAAGUCACUGUUCCUAAUAUAAACUAUCACGUGAUUUAUAACUUCGUGGACUUUGAUGAAGAACAUCCAGACAUAUCGAUCUUUGACGUGUCUACUUGCUACUCCGAGUCUUCAAAGCUACAGUUCCAAGUUCGAUUCCCUGGUUCAUACAAGUCUGGUACAGCUGGUCAGAUUAUUCUGGAUGCUCAGCGUUAUUUCUAUGAAAACAUGAAUGUGAACCCCAUACGUGUCCAAGACGUUCGCCUAGACUAUGACAAUUCUCAGAUCUACAUCUCCGCUACACUCAUCGACCGAUCCCCUUUUGAAGCACAAUUUACUUAUUUGGCUGGAAAAGAAAUAGAGAAACACGACGACAAAACAAUACCUAUUGCUAAUGCCGCUAACUUCACGGAAUGUGCGAGGCUUUGCGUGACUAACAGUGAUUUUGUGUGCAACAGCUACGAUUUCUGUCGCCUUGAUCCCCAGGGUAUCUGCCGACUCAGCAAACUACAUAUUGGGGACGGGGCAGCAGUUGUCAUCAACAGUACAUGUGAUCAUUUCUCACGCACUGUAAAUGGGCCGGCAGCACCGGAGCCCUCUAUAAAUACGGCUUACAAUCUACUUCAACAAGCUGUAUAUAACGGCCAGAUUCAGAUACCCGUUAUAAUGACAGGAAUUGACCAGCUGACGUACACGGCCGUUGAUGUUGCUGUUACAUUUGGUUGGCUGUCACCUAAACCUUUACCUAAACUUUCGGGACAAUUUUCGUAUCAUGAGGAAAUCACCUUACCAAGUCAAAAAGCUGUUUUCAACGCACAUAUUUACUACGACUCAGAUUUCAAACUUGUGCGGUAUGAUUUAGUAAACACACAGCCCAGUCCACCGUUAUUCACAUCAGACCCAAUAACUACCAUACAUGAUUACAAAUCAGGUUUAGCAUAUACCCUCGACAAGAAGGAAGGGAACUGUACUAUAGCACCGAUCAACAACGCCUCAUUUGACGUUCAUACCAGUACUGGUUCGGGAUUCUCCGUCAAAAUGAAGAGUCCUAUAGAUUUAUUCUAUCUUAACGGAACUUAUCGAUAUGCUGGACAGCGGACAAUUCGUGGUAUACUCUGUGACGUAUUUGAAGACAAACGGACAGACUUCCGGUUUGGUGCAAAUCCACUUCCGCAGUCAGCUGUCUUCCAGUUCUACUUUAUGUCGAAUGACUGGCAAGAAAUGUCGGAAGAUGACGGUACGGCAGUCAACUCCCAGCCGAUUGCGCUUAUUGUCAGCUCCUCCAAGGGACAGUUCACACUGACAUAUAAUUUCUAUGACUUCAGCGAGCAACAUCCUGAUCUUUCUAACUUCGAUAUCCGAACAUGUUAUGUUGGCAAUCAGAUUCGGCAUUUUCUGAUCAAAUUUCAAGGUGAAUACCAUCCAAUACUGGACACUCAACUAAAACAGUUCACAAAGAAUGUACAGGAGCAGCUUUCAUUUAUAACAACGGCGUCUUUCCUACGCUUCCAGGACCCACAGAUCACAUAUACCGAUGACGGUUAUGUUUAUUAUCUGGCCACCAUGGUAGAGCAAGCACCAUAUCUUCUUGAUUUCACAAAGACAUCUAACAAUGUAGCAAUAUACGCUGCGGAUAAGACUGUCAAUGAUGUGGGCAGUGACUUUGACUGUGCAGCGCUCUGCAGGAAGGAGGAUACGUUUGAUUGUGAGAGCUUUGAUUAUUGUGCAACCGCCAAGAAAUGUCAGCUCAGCAAGAAACAUGGUACUCAGAGUGGACAGGGAACAAGACUUAGCCAGAUCUGUGACCAUUAUUCUAAGACGGUGAACAAUGUAGCACCGGUUGAGCCUACAAUAAAUACAGCAUUUAUAGUAAUAAAGAAUAACGUGUAUGAAACGGGUUUUAAUGUUUCUGUUUACGACAGCCAAAAUGGGAGAAGUGGACAUUAUCAUGCAGUGUUGUUUGACGCAGAUAUUCUAAGACCCGAUAGUCAGGCCACAACAAGCGAAAAUCUGGACCAUUUCAGACCUACCAGAAGGAAAGUGAUCAUACCUAAUGCAGACAUUCAGUUUAAAGGUCUUUCUGUUGACCAGUGUGCGUCCAGGUGUCUGACCGAGCCGACAAUUGACUGUCAGUCAUUCGACUAUUGUUUUGAUACUGGGAGAUGCCUACUCAGCAAAAUGCACCCUGACCAAAAUAUAACUCUCGUGAAAACUAUGCUGAUGUGUGACCUGUAUUCUAGAAAAUACCUCGACAGCUAUACGUCAUAUCCAGGAGUGACCAUUCAGACUUCCGGCGACGCCAAGAUCAGCAACAUUCCCUUCGCUGACUUCUGUGCUCAAAAAUGUUCUACGUACACGAGUUUCUCGUGCAAAUCAUUUGACUAUUGCUCUACAUCUCACACGUGUAUUCUGAAAAGACAACAUAUACUGGAUAUGUCAAAGACGGUUCCCAACACGAACACGCUGUGUACACAUUUCUCAAGGAACUACAUUCAUGAUUUUAACGUUGCCAAGGCCCAAAAUUUACAAGUUACAGCCAAUUUCCUAAAAGUGAACAACGUAACGUCAAAAGAUGCUUGUGCCAAGCUAUGUAUAGACAACAGUGGGAAUGGUUGCCUGGGAUUCGUGUACUGUCAGUCCUCGUUAUCAUGUACCUUUCUAAAUACUAGUCCUAAAAAUAGCAAAAACAGUGUAAAAUCUGAUCCCAAGUGUGACUUAUAUACCAGAAAAUAUUUUCCAAAUGGAUCACCGUACGGUGCCAACAGCCAGUCACAGCAAGCCGGGUCCUCGUCUAGUUCUGGCUAUACUGGAGGUGCAAUGGCUGGUCUAGCAGUGGGUAUGUUAAUUCCGGGCAUGGUGAUUGGUGCGGCAUUGUUAUAUUUCAUGCGAACCAAGCGUCUGGUCGAGGAGGAGCAGUUAAGGAUGGGCUUCGUAAACAUGAGUCACGAUGACGAUGAGCCCGACGGAAUAAGAUCUCGGAUGGAUCAUGACGCGCCUGCUCAUCAAGUGCAAUAUGACUCACCACAUUAGGUUAUAUGAAAUCUUGUGAUAAUAUAUAACACUAUAUACAUUUAGUUAUAUGAAAUAGUGUGAGAAUGUCUAACACCACAUUUAGUUAUAUGAAAAAUAUUGUGAUAAUAUAUGAUACUACAUUUAGUUAUAUGAAAAUAGUGCUAAUGAAUACACAAUACAUUUAGUUAUAUGAAAUAUUGUGAUAAUAUAUAAGAAUACAUUUAGUUUUAUGAUAUCUUGUGAUAUGCAUAACACUACAUUUUAGUUAUAUGGCGUAAAACAUCCUUAAAGGAUAAUGCAAAGAAAAUGGAUGUUAUAGUUAUCAUUAUCGGUUGAAACAGCGAGACAUGUAUUUGUAUUACAGAAUUAA